UCGCAUGGACGGGCAUACUAGUUGUUCUAAAGCCCUAAUUCCACUGGAUUUCUCAUUUUCGUCCACUUUCAACUUUUCGCCCCAUCCAUCGCCCCACGCCACCCACCGGCAUCCACUCCAGCCACCGUCGCCCCACGUCACCCACCGCCGUCCAGCCUCAUCCUCCGUCGCCACGCUACCCACACGAAGAGAUUGGCGUCCAGUGAGUGGCCGAAUCUCUCGCCACCCACCGGAAUCUAUUCCCGCCGCCGAUUCCUUCUCCUCGCCGUCGAUACUGUUGAUGAAUGAGUGAGGCAAAAUAAGAAGAAGCCACUGAAUUGAAUGGUGCCAAGACAAAGCCGUUUCUAUACCAGCCGAACAACAGUGGAUGUUUGGCGAUCUUACUGGUCCCGUGGGUUAUUUUUCGAUGUUUAAUUGUUUGAAUGUCGCUCGCUGAAGAUUACUCCCCCUAUUUUUUGUUUUAAUUAGGGUUUUAUUGAUACUAUUUCGCUCUCCUGAUCGUGUUCGUCUGACAAAAAUGGGGGCUAAUUUUCUUUUUUCUUUGCUUGCAUUAUCUUGUUGCGUGCAAUCUUCUAUUCUAUAAAACAGAGUGAUAAUAUUUCAAGUCUCAGAAAAAGGAUGCUCAUUUUCAGUUGUAGGCCCUGAUCUACAUUUGCAUCAACGUGGUAUCACUAGUGCAGGUUUAUUGAGACAAUCCCGGGGAAUGAGUGGUGAGAGUAGCAAGCCGAUUACUCAUGUUCUUUUCUGUGGGCCUCAUUUUCCUGCUUCCCAUAACUAUACAAUGGAGUAUCUGCGAAGCUAUCCAUUCAUAAAGGUUGAUGCCGUUCCCAUUAAAGAGAUCCCAGGUGUUAUUGGGAAUUAUGAUAUUUGUGUUGUAAAAAGUAUGAGGCUAAACUUGGACAUCAUUGCUAGAGCAAACAAAAUGAAGCUUAUUAUGCAGUUUGGAGUUGGGUUGGAAGGUGUGGACAUAGAUGCUGCUACAAAACAUGGAAUUAAGGUUGCAAGGAUCCCAAGUGAUAACACUGGAAACGCCUCUUCAUGUGCUGAAAUGGCAAUUUAUCUGAUGUUGGGCCUCCUUCGUAAGCAACAUGAAAUGCAGGUUUCCAUUAAGGAGAAAAGGCUUGGAGAUCCAGCUGGUGACACGUUGAUAGGGAAAACGGUAUUCAUUUUGGGAUACGGAAACAUUGGGAUCCACUUAGCAAAGCGGUUGAGACCCUUUGGCGUGAAGAUAAUUGCAACGAAAAGGAGUUGGAAGUCUCUUUCCGAGAAGUCGUGCAAUGAAAAUGGUGUCCACGAUGAAGUUGUGGAUGAGAAGGGCACCCAUCAAGACAUCCUUAAGUUUGCAAGCCUCGCUGAUAUAGUAGUAUGUUGCUUGGCGAUGAAUAAGGAAACGGCUGGCAUUGUAGACGAUACUUUCAUAUCUUCGAUGAGAAAGGGUGCACUCAUGAUUAAUAUAGCGCGUGGAGGGCUGUUGGAUUAUGAGGCUGUGCUUCAUCAUCUCAAAUCUGGUCACUUGGGAGGGCUAGGGACGGAUGUUGCUUGGGUCGAGCCGUUUGAUCCUGAUGAUGCCAUUCUAAAGUUUCCGAAUGUGAUCAUGACGCCUCAUGUUGCUGGAGUCACUGAAUACUCUUACAGAUCCAUGGCCAAGGUUGUCGGAGAUGUUGCCCUUCAAUUACACUCGGGCGCAUCAAUGACUGGGCUGGAAUUUGUCAACUGACCAGCAACAUGUAGUUAGGAGCUUCACUCGUGUUGCAAGUGAGGAAGCAAUAAGGAUACGCCGCACAUGCGAUUCCCGAGAAUCUCGCGGACGUCAGUUGGCAGAAAAUCACGAUCAUCUUCAGGUCCUGCCAUAGCUCGAGCCGCCAACAUAGAAACGGUAAAAAUAGCAAUCGGAGCUAGCUCACACUCCUUACUCAUAAUAAUUCCAUGAACAACCGCCAUAAUUUUUGCCACCAUAGAAGUCGACUUUGUUUGCAUAGAAAUUGGCGAUGGAUUAGCAAUGUAGUGUGCAAGUUGUGAUUUUUGUGAAGUGUUUGAACGAAAUAUUGUCAACUCAUCACAACAAUAUGUUUAAAGACAUGAUUUUGAAGAAUUGUGAUCUUGAAAAAUGCCACUCAAUAAAAUUCUAGUACUAGCAUCUUGUAGUGUGUAAUUAUUAUUCAUCUGAUAAAAAUAAAAGCACAUAAAUUUAGUGAUAUUUAAGGAUGUAUUAAUUUUUGUAAGUAACAAAAUUUACUUAUACUUUAAUAUGUUACAAAAGUAUGAAAAGAAUGCUUGUAUGGAUGUAAUUAAAUUUUGUUAAACCUAACAAAUUUUGUGUAUCCGUCCGGAUAUAUAUUUUGUUUUUGCCAUUUUGAUAUUUCACAAAAAAUUACUUCAUUUUCAUUAAUAGAUACUACCCUGCAAUUUAUUAUCCACAAUAUAUUAAUUUAUUUACCUAAUCCUUUCUUCAGUUACAAUAUAUUCAAUCAUUUUUAUUAAAAUUGAUAUUAGUCCCUUUUACGAUUAUUUUCCAGAGAUAAAUAGAGUAUGUCUCCAUUAAAUAAUUUUAUUGUAUUGUCGAUUGUACUCUUUUUUUAUUCAGACAAUUAAAUAUACUUUUGACAUCGCAAUUUUUGAUAAGAAGAAAAAUAAUAAAUAUUCUUGGACUUGGAUAAUAAAAUCAUAAAAGCCACAAGAUUGAUGCAAAAGUCGCCAAUUUAUUUAUUAAAAAAAUAGAAAAUAUAAGAGUUUUAUUUGUUUGUGUGUGUGAAAUAGGAAAUUUAUUAAUUUAAUACAACAAGUAAAAUAAAUAAUUGAAGAAAAGGUUUUAGCUUCUUCUGUUCGGAAGGCAGAACUCUAAUUAAACAAGAUUUCAACUUUUUCACUUCUCAAAUUUCUCAAGAAUUUACGGCCCGAUACUGUUUGUUGCCUCUUUGUAUCGAUUCAAUUAUUUGCGAUCAAUUGCUCCAAAUUCAACCAAUUCCAUCUAAAUAGUGAAUUUGAGCUGAGAUUCAAGGAGUUUGCAGACGAAUAAAGGAGUAGAUUUGAAGUGAAAGAGUACACCGAGUUGAAUUCCGUUGAAGUGAGCCUCUCCUUGUUGCUCAAUUGUUGCGUUUUGGGAAUUUCUUUAUUUUUUCUCGCUGAAGACUCGAAGUGAAGGUGUUUGUGUUUUUGCCGCUGAGAAAGUGAUUUUUACCUCUCAACUGCUGUCGAAGUUCAAAAUUGGAGGAGCUGUAAUGGAAGUCAUGAGCAAGUUCUUAAUUGCAUCGAUACUUAUGUGGACCGUGCCUAUUGCAGUAUUAUACGGGUUUAACCAUAAUUUAUUCCCUGGUAAUCUUCCUCUGACAACUUAAUCUCAUUGAUUUUCUUCACAUUCUUGAUUUGUAGCUUCUUUUUAGCUUUGCGAUUCUGUAAAUGUACCUUCUAUUUGACAUAGGAUAGCUUCAUUGCUGGUGGUGGUCAGUAAUAGAUGCAUCUACAUGAUUACAUGCAACAGCAUUUCUGUAUAGAUCAACAUAAAUCUUGUUUCGAGCGAGAAGAAUUUUUGCUGAUUAUUUAGUGAUCCGAAAGUGUCGAAAACAGUUUUUAUUAGGGGUGAGAAGAAAACUGAAAAAAUGAAAAUUGAAUCGAACCAAACACCCAGUACUCUUAUCAGACAAGUGAAAGAUAUCUCCAUAGAGAGAUCCCAGACUUCAAAUCUGUUAGACCACUUCAAUGGUUUCUCCAUCCUGUUCUUAUAUGUUGAUUCCUGUUCAAGAUUUUGUGGCUGAAAAUCACAUUUAUCAAUCUCCACUACCUCAAAAGUUCACAAUUUACCAAUUCAAUGCCAAAAAGGGUUAAUUGCAAUUAAAUGUGUCAUGCGUGUAACAAAUGAUGUUGCUGCCACUCAUUUCUCAUGUAUUUGGAGCAGGUUCAGCUAGCUUGUCUGCGGAGUCCCUGACACUGUGGAGUGGAAUCCUUGCAGUGGUCUCCGUAAAUGUGGUUAUUGUGCUCUACAUCAUCUCAGCCAUGAAAGAGCCCUCCUCGGACAAACACGAGCCGGAUCCUAGAUUCCUAGCAGACGCGAAGGCUAGCAUAAAGCAGCAGCCGGGACCAACUGAAGUCGACUCAUCAUCAGACCGUGCAAAACAAGAAUAGCCGAUGUUAACUGAGUACGAGGUAAUUUCAGCUCUGGUUUCUGAAAGAACCCUAGACAAACGAGCAGCGAGAUUAUCAAUAGUUUCAACCUGCUUCACUUUCAUGAUCAGAGUUUGUGUAUGAGCCAAGAAGUCUGAGGUUUUGCUCUUAAUUUACCUUUGCCCUUGUUUUUUUUUUUUUUUUUCCAGAUUUUUCUUGAUUAUUACUACAUUUGGAUAUAGAAUUCAGUUACCACUCAACAUUUUUGUAGUUGAUAUUUAUAAAAAUUGAUGACUUAUUGGACUUUCAUUCCUUAA